AUGAGCUCUUUGGAACUUCUGGAAAUGGAAAGGCCACCUCCCAAAAUCAUCAAACACGACUCCCUCUCCAUUUAUGAGUCCACUCUUCUGAAACUCAAGCAAGGCUCUCAUUGUAACCCGAGUUGCAGAACUGAGGACUCAGUUAAGAAUGACAAUGACACACAUUGUAUUAUGACAACUGAUUUGCAAAACGAGGCUGCUAUUACUGCCAAUUCUGAUUCUUCCUCAAACUCAAGCUCAGAUUUUCAAUCUACGGGCUCGUCAAGGGAGCAAGGGGCCCCAAAAUAUAAGCAUGUUAACCAUCUUCAGUCUCAUCCUGUUGAGUCUUGA